GCGCAAGUCUGACCCGAGCCGCACCGCACCGCACGAAUCUUAUCGCCGAGGGAGAGGAACGCCGGCAGGAGAUGGGCAACGCCGGGAGCGCGACCGCGCCGGAGCAGGCGAAGAAGCCAGAGGAGGCCGACGCCGGGGGCGGGGGAGGGGCCCCGCCGUCCACCGUGCGGUUCUUCCCCGCCGCCGCGCAGCACACGGCCAGGCAGCCGCCGCCGAUUAAGCUGGAGGAGGAGGACCUGCCGCCGCCGCCGGCCACCGCCGGCGAGGGCGUGGAGGAGGACAUGGCCGCCCCCCGCAAUCUCUGGCAGGUGUAUGCGCUGGGAGCGUUCCUCGUGGCGCGAUGGGGCUGGGCCAAGUGGAAGGAGAGCAAGGACCGAGACGACUCCGCAGAUGGCCAGUUGCCGCCGCCUGCUGCUUCAUCCUAGGUUUAGCUCCUGCCACUGCAGGGACGGGGCUCCGCUUCCAGUCUGAAUCACUGCUGUUAGUUGCAGCAAAGUAGAUGAACGUCUCCGAACUUCCCCUCAUGGGUAGCGGUGGUGGUGACGACGAGCUGACGGGUUUUUGCUCCCACCAUUGUCGCUGUGUAACCGGAUAAUGUAUGGAUUCGCAGCAAGCGGCAUGUGUGCUUCCAAUCGUACGUACUGUUGGUUCCUUGUUUA